GGCGGCCCCGGCCGGGGCCCGUGACCAUGGGCGCCGCGGAGUCCACGCUGGACGAGCUGCCGUCGGACGCCGAGGAGCAGCUGCGCAGCGGCGAGCAGCAGCUGGAGCUGAGCGGGCGGCGGCUGCGGAGGCUGCCAGGCGCCGUGUGCGCGCUCGGCCGCCUUCAGAAGCUGUACGUGAGCGGCGCGGGGCUGCGCGAGCUGCCCGAGGAGGUCGAGGAGCUGCGCGAGCUGCGCAUCCUGGCGCUGGACUCCAACAAGCUGGAGCUCCUGCCCGACGGGCUGUGCCGCCUGCCGCGCCUCGCGCGCCUCUACCUGGGCGGCAACCGGCUGCGCGCGCUGCCCGCCGACUUCGCGCAGCUGCAGAGCCUGCGCUGCCUCUGGAUCGAGGGCAACUUCCUGCGGCGCUUCCCGCGGCCGCUGCUGCGCCUCGCGGCGCUGCAGUCGCUGCAGAUGGGCGACAACCGGCUGCGCGCGCUGCCGGCCGAGCUCCCGCGCAUGACCGGCCUGCGCGGGCUCUGGCUCUACGGCAACCGCUUCGAGGAGUUCCCGCCCGCGCUGCUGCGCAUGGGCCGCCUGCACAUCCUCGACCUGGACCGCAACCGCCUGGGCGGAUUCCCCGACCUGCACCCGCUCCGCGCGCUGCGCGUCUUUUCCUACGACCACAACCCGGUCACCGGGCCCCCGCGCGUGGCCGACACGGUCUUCCUCGUGGGCGAGGGCGCCGUCGAGCGCAUGGCUGAGCGCGACGAGCCCACGCCGCGGCCACCGCCCCGCCGCCUCGCGCGCGCCUUCGAGGACGACGAGGAGGAGGAGCUGCUGAUCGGCGGCGCGGGCGCCCGGGCCCUGGAGGCCCCGCCAGGCCUGGGCACCUGAGGCCGGUCGGGAGGCCGAGAGGCCGGCAGCGAGGAAGCCCUGGGGCGUAGGGCGGCCCGGGGCGUCCUCACACCCGUGACCUCUGGGCGGAAGUCCCUAUCCCAGCAGAGCUGGCAGCUUCCCCUUGGAUCCUGGGCCACGGCUCCAGCCCCAAGCCGGCAGCUGUCGAGUUUGAAAAGAAGCCACUGUGCCUGCCUGGCGUCCUGCACCAAAGAGAGAGGCUGCGAGCUCGGGAGCUGCUGGGCCUCUCCCACUGCCUGUGCUCCCCAUUCCCUUACAAGGGCACGGCUGGCCUGUGUGCCUCACUCCGUUCCCAGGGCCAGAUCUUUCCCACGGAGCAAUAAGGGGAGGAGGGGCAGGCCGAGGCCUUGAACCUGUCAGAGGCAGGGCCCCUGGGUCGUGUUUUCUUCAGGAAGAAAACUGGCUGCACACGUCAAUUACACUUCAUGGAGGAAGA